CCUCGCCAAAACACAAGGUCCUCUAUAUAUCGCCGCGCACUUCGUCGAAGAAACACAAUUAAUAAUUUCUUUUUUUCCGGAGACUGGCACAUACCAAAGCUUGAAACAAAGACAAGUCAGGCGGUCAAGAUGACAAGAGUUGCAGUCUAUUCCACCGCGCUGGUCGCAUUCGUCGCUGCAACCGCCAUGACCUUUGCCUCGAUCUUCAUCCCGAACUGGCUAAGCUACGAGAUCGACUCGCCUACAGGCAAAUUCACAAAGACUCUGGGUUUGCAUAGGAGCUGCUCGUCGGUGGGUGAUGGCAGUUGCCAACAUUUCCCACAAUAUGAUGAUUGCCAUGGCACGGAUCGGUAUUUCUGUUCCAUGUGGAAGAGCGUGGGAUUCAUGAUGUCAAGCGCCGCUGUCUUCGAACUGGUUACACUGGUGGCGUUCUGUGUGCUCAUCACGGGUGGGAAGCAGAAGAGGGAGACGGGCUGGAAGGUAUUAAGCUUCAUGCUGAUGCUGGUUGGCAUUCUCCAGUGCGCAGCUAUGGCUAUUGUGUCAUACCUGUUCGAUACUGAUGACCGCUUUUUCGUGGGCUGGAAAUUGUCUGAGGGCUGGAUUCUCUGCACAGUUAGCUGGUGUAUCUGCGUCGUCACAGCUAUAUUUAUCUCUGCUUCAGCCUUCAUCUUUGCGCCGGAAGAUGGAUAUGAGCUUAUUCCAAGCGAACGUUAUGUGGAUUGA